UUCAUUAGUGACACACGUUUUUUUUAAGUGAAUUGCAGAGAAUAAUGGCUGCCAUUCUUGGAUGUUGGCCUUUAUUGAUUUGGAUAUUACUGAUGUAUGAAAUACAUAAACUUGUCAGGUGCUUUGUGAGUCUCUCUGGUCUUAUAUAAAGGCAUUUUAGAGCACCUAGCAGUAGAGUGUCCUUGAGUUAGCCAAAUGUAUACUAUGUUGAGCCUGGCAAAUUUGUGUAAUAUUGAUGACCUAGAAAUGAGGUAGGAGUUCUGCAGCACUGGUUUCACAUGAUACAGGUCAGAAAGACCCCACCAAUAGAAAGGAUAGGUAAAGAAGCUGGCCAAAACCCACCAAAACCAAGUUGACAAUGAAAGUGACCUCUGGUUGUCUUCAUUGUUCAUUAUAUGCUAAUUGUAAUACAUUAGCAUACUAGAGAAACUCCCACCAGCACUCUUGACAGUUUACAGUUGCCAUGGUAAUGUAGGGUAGCUACCAUAUGUGGUCUGAAUCGGGGAGGAAACCUUAGUUUCUAGAAUUCCCGGCUUCUUUUCUAGAAAACUUAUGAAUAAUCCACCCCUUGUUUAGCAUGUGAUUAAGAAAAAUCAAAAAUUGCCAAUGAGCAGCCAUCAAGACUGCUCUUUCUAUGCAGUUGCCACUCUUUUAUUCCUUUGCCCUUUUUUUUUUGAGACAGUCUGGAGUUCAGUGCUUUCUUAAUAAACUUGCUUUCACUUUACUCUGUCUGCUGGCUCUUGAAUUCCUGCAUGAAGCCAUGAGCCCAUGUGGCCUCCCAAACUGAACCCCAGUUUUGAGGUUUGCCCUGUGACGGAAAGGAAUAUAGUUUGAAUUGACCAAGCAUUAUGAUGGUUGUCUGUUAUAUGCUUCUGCUAUACUGAAUUUUAUGUUUCUCAGAGUUUCACGCCCUCUCUUACCUGGAAUACUCUCAUUCUCUCUGCCUUGUAUAAUUUAAUCAUGGUUAUCCUUCAGGUGUGAACUUGUCUUUUCUCUAGGAAGCACUCUCUGACUCAUUGGGAACUACUUAGCUACUGGCUCUGUGUGCUCCUUGAUACCCUUAGCUUUGCCAUCAGAGUUGCAAACUAGAAAUACUUUCUUUUUUUUUUUUUCUUGAGACAAAGUUUUGCUCUGUUGCCCAAGCUGGGAUGCAGUGAUGGAAUCUUCAACCUCUGCUUCCUGGGUUUAAGCAAUUCUCCUGCCUCAGCCUCUGGAGUAGCUGGGACCACAGGUACCAUGCCACUACUCCCUCGCCUGGAGCGGUGGCUCACUCCUUUAAUCCCAACAUUUUGAGAGGCCAAGUUGGGUAGAUCACCUGAGGUCAGGAGUUGGUGACCAGCCUGGCCAACAUGGUGAAACCCUGUCUCUACUAAAAAUACCAAAAAUAUUAGCUGGGAGUGGGUUGUGCACCUGUGGUCCCAGCUGCUUGGGAGGCUGAGAUCCUAGGAAGCUUGGACCCAGAAGUUGGAGGUUGCAAUGAGCCGCAAUCAUGCCACCCUAGCCUGGGUGACAGAGCAAGACUUUACCUCAAAAAAAAAAAAAAAAAAAUUCUAAGUCUCCCCAACCAACUGAACAAACCCCUGUUCUCGGACAAGGGCAUUCCAAAGUUAACCUGAAAAACUAGUUCAGGCCGCGAUGGGGAGUGGGGGAGUCAGCUUCAUUAUACCCUUGUCCCUGUGGAAUUCAGACACAACUGGCCAACAUUAACAUUAAAAUAGAGACCUUAAGACUGACCAGACAGACUCUUUGUAGCAAUAAAAUACCAACAUGACAGCAGGUCCUGAAAGAAAUUGAUAUAUUUUACCCCAAAACAUAUUUCUUUGACAUAUUUUGAAAUGACCCUAUAAAACUGUCUCUUAUGGGGAAGAUCUACAUUCUGUAGAAAAUGCCUUUUCUUUCCAGGUCUUUCCCUGGUCCAGGAGAGAAUUAACUAAGAGUCUCUGGCACCUUUUUAAGUUUGAGUAAGACGUGUUUUCUCUGAAGCCUGCUACGUGGAGGAUUCAUCUGCAGUAUAAAAACCUUGAGCUUCAGGAUCUCUUAUCUUAACCCAGAUACUUAUUUCUGUUGAUUCCAGGUCUGUAGAUAAUAACUUAACUCUUUCAACCAACUGCCAGUCAGCUAGUCAGAAAAAUCCUUUUUUUUUUUUUAAGAGACAAAGUCUUGCUCUGUCACCCAGGCUGGAGUGGCACCAUCUUGGCUCACUGCGUCCUCAACUUCCUGGGCUCAAACAAUCCUCCCACCUCAACCCCCUAAGUAGGUGGGGCUACAGGCAAGUGCCACCACGCAGCUAAUUUUUUUGUAGAGAUGAGGUUUCACUAUGUUGCCCAGGCUGGUCUUGAACUCCUGAACUCAGGCAGACUGCCCAAGUUGGCCUCCCAAAGUGUUGGGAUUACAAGCAUUAGCCACUAAACCUGACCAAUCAGAAAAUCUUUGAAUUCACCUAUGACCUGGAAGCCCCCUCUUUAAGGUGUCCUGCUUUUCUGAACCAAAUCAGUAUACAUAUUAUAUGGAUUGGUUGGUGUCUUAUGCCUCCCUAAAAUGUGUGAAACCAAGCUGUAGCCUGACUGCCUUGGGCAAAUUCUUAGGAUCUCUUGGGGCUGUGUCAUGGGACAUCAUCACUCAUAUUUGGCUCAGAAUAAAUCUGUCCAAAUAUUAUACAUAGUUUGCCUCUUUUUGUCAACAUAGUUCAAAUCAGGCUGUAUUGUUCUUACUUGUUUUGUUUAGAUUUUUGAGCUACUAGGUUAUAAGCUCUCUGAGGACAAGGAAUGUAUCUUUAGGGUAACAUUGACUCUGGUGCCUUGGCAUAGUAUUUGCUACGUAGUAGUUUUAAUAAUGUUUUUGGAAUAAAUGAAUGGCUUCAGCAUCUUGUUUUUCCAAAUAUUUCCCAGCAUUGCUAAGGGUUGUGUCCCUCCGCCCUCAAAUUCACAUACUAAAGUCCUCACCCCCAGUACCCUAGAAUGUAACUCUAUUUAGAGAUAAGGUCUUUAAAAAGGUAAUUAAGUUAAAAUGAGGUCUUUAGGCUGGGCCCUAAUCAAUAUCACUGGUGUCCUUAUAAGAUGUGGAAAUUUGGAUAGAGUUUUGUACAGGCACAGAGGGAAGACCAUGUGAAGACACCAGAAGAAGACAGCCAUCUAGGAACUAAGGAGAGAAGCCUUCGGAUCACCCAGUCCUGCUGACAUCUUGGUAUCUGUCCUUUAGCAUUCAGAACUGUGAAAAGAUAAAUUCUUGUUACUUAAGGAAUCCUGUCUGUGGUAGUUUGUUAUGGCAGCUCUAGAAAGCUAAUAUAAACAUAAUAGCAAAUAUCUGGAUGGCCAGAUUAUAUAAUGUUUAGUUUUCUGACAUAUUAAGAAAAAGAUUUCAUUCAAGAUGGUAACUACAUAUACACCUUUAUAUUGCCUGCCACAUAUAUAAACUCAGUAAUGGCGUUGUGGAAAGGACUAUAACAAACAUCUGCUUCCAUAUCCUCAUUUCUCUUUCUCAAUAAAGUUCAGAUUAUUUAGCUUUGGCUUUAUAACUCUCCAUGCUGUUCUACAGCUAUUUUUCAUAACUUGUUUCUCGCUACUUAGCCUAUUCUAAUCUCAAGAAAAUGAAAGUGUUCACUGUUCUCUGUGUAUCCUUAACUUCCCACUUUCUUGCCUUCAUUCAUUGUUUUCUUCAUAGAGUUUCAACACCGAUUUGUUCUAUUCAUUCAGUCAGUCCACAGGUAUUUAUUGAGGCCUCAGUAUGUGCUGAAAACUGGGCUAGGAGCUGAAAGUGUAAUGAUUAAUAAAACCAUCAGCCUUCUGCUGAAGGAGUUAAUACUCUGGUACAGGUAGACAUUUAAGUAGGGUAACAUAGGGUUCCAGGAAAGCAAUGAACCAAGCCUUGGGUGGGGUGAGGGGAGGAGCUUCAGAUCUGAGUCUAAGUCAGUGGUUCCCAAAUGGGAAUGAAAAGGGAGGAGGCAUUUGACAAUGUCUGGAGACAUUUUUGGUUGUCACAACUUGGAGGUGGGUGUGUGUUACUGGCAUCUAGUGGGUAGGGAUGCUACAAAACAUAUUACAGUGCACAAGGCAGUCUUCCACAACAAAGAAUUAUCUAGCUCACCAAUCUGAUAGUGCUGAGGGUGAGAAGUCCUGCUGUAAAUCAAGUUGUAAAGAUUGAGUAGGAAGGUGUUUAGCCAGCCAAAGAAUGGCAGCAUUUGCAAAGGUCUACUAGAGUUGAGAUACCAUGAUUUGACUAACCCGACUGAGUUUAAUGUGGCUGGAGCUCAAUGUUUGAAUGGGAAGGAAUUAGGCUUGAGAAGUAAGCCUGGCAAUGUUCAGAUUUAGAGGCCUCAGAGCCAUGUUGAUAAUUUGGAAUGUCUUCUCUUUGGCUGUUUGGAGCCUUUGAUGGAGAGUGUGAGGUACAUCUGUUGACAAGUAAACUGGUCAUACACGGAUGCAUUGUAACUAGUAGCCAUUCUGAGUGUAUCUGCAGACACCGAUGGUAAAGCACCGCGGCUGAGAACGACUAUUCUAGCAAGUCUGAACUCGGUUUCCCAUCUAGUGAGGAUCACUGAUGAGUCUUUGUCAGGGAGGGUAACUGGUACGCUUUGAAUGUGUCCCUUACACAAUUCUGUUACUGAAGGGGCAUUUAAAGUGAACCCACUUAAAGUAGGGAUACAAAUUUUAUCGUAGAGAAUGAGGGAACUUGAUUGGGGCUUUGUGUUGAGGUCCUUAAGACCACGCCCAGGCUCAGUGAUUCAUUAAAAGGACUCGCAGAACUAUGAAAGCAGUUAUGCUCACAGUUACUGUUAUUACAGCGAAAGAAGACACAUUAAAAUCAUCACAGGGAAAAGGAAGAUGGAUAAAGUCCUGGAGGAACCAGGCAUCAGAUUCCAUGUAGGCUCUCCCCCAGUUGAGUCCCAUGAGGAAUAAUUCUCCCAACGACAGUGUGUGACAAAACGUGAAGUAUUACCAACCAGGGAAGCUCACCCGACCCUGGUGUCCAGGGUUUUUAUUUGUCAGUCCUGUAAACUUGUAUCACCUGUGUGAGCCUGUGUGACUGACAUUAGCUACUCAGUCUCCAGCUCCUCAGAGGUUAGACAGAUACAGUGUGGCUUAAGGCUACUGGCAAAAUACUCUUAAAAGGAAGAUAAUUCCUCAGACUUAAGUUUCUCUCUCUCAGAAGCCUGUCAUGGGCCAGUCCUCCUUUCCUUGAAUGAAUGGAGUUUGAGCAAUGCUGGAGUGCUGAAUUAACACUUUACUGCAUCGCCUUUUUUUUUUUUUUAAAGUUUGGGAGGUUACAGUUUUUUUUCCCUGCUUUACUCUUGAGUUUUUAGAAAUUGUGUAAAAUGUAUAUAAUAUAAAAGUUAGAUGUUAGGGUUUUAACUGUGAAGUUCAGUAGCAUUAAAUUCAUUCACAUUGUUAUGUAACUAUCACUAACAUCCAUCUCCAGAACUUUGUCAUUAUUCCCAAACUGAAAAUUUGAUGUGUUAUUAAAAAAUAGCUCCCUGAUCCACCAGCUCCAGGUAACCACUGUUCUACUUCCUGUCUCCUUGAAUUAGGCUGUCCCAGGUACCUCAUAUGUAUGUAAGUGGAAUCAUUCGAGGUUUGUCUUUUUAACUAGCUUCUUGCACUUAUGUCUUUUAAGUUUCAUCCAUGUUGUUAGCCUGUAUCAGAAUUUUAUUUCUAUUUAAUGUUGAUAUAGCAUAAGUUUUAAUUUGAAAAAAUAAACUGAAGAUGGUAAAAGUGUUUUUUAAAAAAGUCUUUUAUUCAACAAAAUGUACAUAAUUGAAAUUGUGCUAAUCCUUAAAAUGAAAAAGAAGUGACUUGAGUACUCAUUUUGGGGACAUAGUUUUUCUGCAAAAAACUAUGUAAGAAUAUAAUACAGUAUCCUUUACCAGGUCAAGAACAGAGGGAUUUUUUUUUUUCCUUGACUUCUUUAGUUUUCCCAGGGGCCUCACUUAGUUUUUAGAGAGUUAAUUCAUUCUCUUUUGAAGUACCUAUUGUAUCAUGCUUGAGAAUUCUCCACAGUUGCUCUCUGGUCUAAUUGUAUCUGGUCUAACUCUGCCAGACAUUCCUUUGUUGAAAUGGCUUUGCUUGUGAUUAAAGCUGCUCUCUAGUAUUGUUAAGUGCCUUGUUCAAAUCCUACAUGUUUGGUAGUUUGUAGUUUCAGUUUCUGUUCAUCCUACUUGUAUAGUUUCAUGUUUGCAGCAUCUAAAAAUCAGAGUGACAUAAACAGGUUCCCAGAAGUAGAUACUAGGUGAGUAGUUUGAGUGGGGACUGGUCAGCUCAUUGGUGAAUAUUUUUGUGUGUGACAGCUUUUGUCUCAUGAUUAUGGGGUCAUGAUUAGUGUGGAUCUGGACCACGAAGGAUCCCUGUACUUCUAUUGAGUCUUUCCUUAACAAUCUGUUAGAGAAUUUAGUUUACUUGCUUGUCCAGGGCCCAAAGUAAUUAAAUGUUCCUCACAGAAAUCUCUGGAACAUGCUUCUUUCAGUUGUUAUACUUUAAACUCUCAAAAAGUUUGGUAGACUGACAGAGGAUUAAGGAUCUUUGGUUUUAAACCUUUAGAGUUCUCAUUUCUAAUGCCCAGUCAGCUUACACCGUGUUCAUAAUAAUCCACUCUCAGUGUUCACAGGCCUAAUGUGUUAACUAUAAAUAGAAAAAUAGACUGGCCAGCCUGUGGGAACCAGGCCUGUGCCAGGGAGCUUCACUUGAGAGUUUUAAAAACUGAAAUUGGUGGAUAUUUUUUCUUCACGUCUUCAUGAAACAGUGAUGCUUAAUGUUCGAAUAUGUUAUAACACAGAGAUCAUUAGCAAGAAAUCAUCAAUAUAGGUGAAUUUGGGAUUACUAACUGAAAAACAAGGAAAACCCUCCCUCCUCCUUCCCUCUCUGGCACCUUUGUUGGAUACUCUGAGGCUGCAUGUGUAGGGUGGAACAUUGACUACACCUCAGGAGGCAAAAGAGAGGAGAUAUUCUUUCAUGAUCAUCUUCAACAACCUUAACUCCAAGUUGGCAUGGAGCUGUGUGCCAUUUCUUUGGAGCGGUGCAGCACAUCAUCCCUUUCUAAUGGGGAAAAGCGGAGAGCACUGAGCCUGGUGUGAGUACAAGGUUCAGGAACAUCACUUGAGAGGUGGCAAUGGUUAGUAGUACUGACUCCGGGUUAGAUCACUUUGGUUUGAAUCUUGAUUCCUUACCCCACCCCCUGCCAUUCCUUCUGCACCCACUUUCCUUUCCUUUCUUUUAGACAGGAUCUCACUCUGUCACCCAGGCUGGAGUGCAGUGAUGUCAUCAUGGCUCACUGUGGCCUUGACCCCUGGGCUCAAGCGAUCCUCCUGCCUUCAGCCUCUUAAGUAGCUGGAACUACAGGUGCAUGCCACCCCACUCAGCUAAUUUUUACAUUUUUUUUGUAGAGAUGGGGUUUUGCUGUGUUGCCUAGGCCGAUCUUGAUCAAACUCCUGCCUCAGUGUGCUGAGAUUGCAGGUGUGAGCCACUGCACCUGACCCUGAUUCCUUUAUUUGCUAGCUUUGUGACAUUGGACACGUUUGUUAAACUUUCCAACUCAGUUUUCUUAUGGAGAUAAUAAUAGUACCACCUUAUAAAUCCAAUAUGUUAAUAUUUCUGAUGUGCUUAGAAUAGAGCUUGGAACAACACAGUAAGUGCUACAUUAUAUGACUGUGUACUGUUAUCUUUAUUGUUAACUUAAUUUCUCAGGGGAGCCUUUGCAGACAUUUCUAAAUAGGUCAGAUCUCUGCUUUAUAAGAUCUAAUGACACCACUUACCACAGUGUUGAUAAUAAGUACCAUUAACUAGGUUUAUUUGUUUGAUUAUUGGAUUAAUCAGAUAUUAUCUAUAUAAGUGAGAGUAAGAACUAUGUUAAUUUUUUGCUCACAUUAUUCACAAGGCCUGAUAAAUGUUCAAGAAAUAUUUAAUGAAUAAAUAGGUUUACAGUUAUGAAGUUGUUUAGCAAUAAGAUAUAAUGUCACCUCUAAAACUAGCAAAGAUUAAAAAAUAUGUGAUCAAACGUAGGCAGAGAGGUAGGAAAUAGAUGGUAUCAUGUACUGCAGGUGGGAUCAGUUUGCAGAAUAUCCUAGCUUGAAGGCAAUUUGACCAAGAGAACUAUAGAGAUUUCUUCUUUUGAUUCAAUGUCUGGGCAUUUAUCAAAAUGACAUAGAAGUAUGUAAAAGAGGUGAAUAUAAAAAGAUAUUCAUUAAAGCACUUACAUUAGUUAAUAAUUAUAAUAGAGCUCAACAGAAUGUCCAAAAGUAAAGGCUUGGUUAAUUAUAAUAUAUUCAUCAUUAUAAACUAUGUAGAACCAUGGUUUUCAAAUGCACAUUCUUAUAUUGGCUGCAAACACUAGAAAAAACACAGAUUCCCAAACCCAGCCUCUUGGUCAGUGAAUCAGAAUCUUGUUUAGCUAAGAAAUGGGGCCUGUGUUGCCUGAUUUGGAGCCACUACUGCAGUGUAUACUUUGGCUCUUAGUCAACUGAACCCAGCGGUCUUAAAACCCAAACCAUGCAGUAUUUUAAACUUCACUUGGUGCUAUGGUUUGAGUAUAUCCCUUCCAAAAAUCAUGUCGAAACUGAUCCACAUUGUGGUUUUAAGAAGCGAAGGCUUUUUAAAAAAGUGAAACCAAAACUAAGAAAAAAAGAAUUAAAAUCUGUGAGAACUCUGGAAAACAAGAAAGGAGGACUUCAAAAAAACUGAAAACAAAAACACUGUAAGAAGGGAAAAAGAUUGAAUCAGAUUCUGAUGACACAGAAAGCUAAUUAGUGCUGAGCACCUAACACAAGCUGAAGACAAGUCUUUUCCCCUAACUUCAUCCCUCCCAGAAAAGUUAGUGGGUGAGUUCUUCCAAAAGGAACAUAGACCAUCCCCAAAACUGGAGCAGUAAGGCCUGGUUUGGAGAUGGUAGGUGUGGUUGCUUGUUCCAUCUCCUGGCACAGAGCAUCUGUCUUAGAGCUUCCCUCCAGGCAGCAUUUUGAAGGAGCAUCUCAUUAAGAGAGAGUGAACUCAUUUAGUUUUAGUUGCCGUAGACAUUUCCUGAGAUCCCAUGAGCAGAGGCCAGGCAAGUGGGAGAGUUGAGGAACAAGUCAGACUGAGGCAUUGCACCACACAGAGUGGGUGAUCAUGGUGUUCGCCCUCCGGCCUUGACAAAUGCCUCCUGGAAACCAGGUGUCUCAGCUCCUUUGUCCUGCUAUAACAAAAUAUCUGAGACUGCGUAAUUUAUGAAGAACCAAAAUAUAGUUCUCACAUCUCUGGAGGCUGGGAAGUCCAAGAUCAGGGUUCCAGCAGGUUCAGUGCCUGCUCCAUGGAUGGCAUCUUCUUGUCUUCUCACAGUGGUAUGCUUGCAUGGCAGAAGGAGGAGGAGUAGAAGGGGCAGAGAGGGGACCAAUAGCAGAAGGACCUAAGCUAGUUUCCUCAGGCUCUUUUAUAAGGCACUAAUCUAUUCAUAAGAGGGAACCCUCAUGAACUUAAUUGCUUUCCAAAAGCCUUCACUUCUUGGCCGAGCAUGGUGGUUCACGCCUGUAAUCCUAGCACUUCGGGAGGCCAAGGUGGAUGGAUCACUUGAGGUCAGAAGUUCAAGACCAGCCUGGCCAGCAUGGUGAAACCCUAUCUCAACUAAAAAUACAAAUAUUAACUGGGCAUGUUGGCACAUGCCUGUAAUCCCAGCUACUCUGAAGGCUGAGGCAAGAGAAUCACUUGAACCCAGGAAGCAGAGGUUGCAGUGAGCCAAGAUUGUACCAUUGCACACUCCAGCCUGGGGGACAAGCGUGAAACUACGUCUCAAAAAAAAAAAAGCCUUUACUUCUUAAAACCGCAAUGGGGAUUAGUUUCUAUAUGAAUUUUGAAGGGGAUACAUUCAAACCAUAGCACCAAAUGAAGUUUAAAAUACUGCAUGGCAUCUUGCAUCUCCCUUAAGUAGACCUCAGCUGCCUAUCGAUUUCUGUCCCUGUUACCUACAAGGUUGACCCAGCUGUUGGUUUCUCUGUAGCACUCCUCCAUACCCAGGGCAAAGUCUGCUGCCUGCACACAGGUAGCUACUGUUGAGUAGCUUUGAAGGGGACUGUGGUUAGAUUUUGAAAAUUUUGCUACCAAAAACACAUGCUUUCUUCUAUUCACAUAACUCCUAGUUAAGUCACAGGCUCUGCUUUCCAAUUUUGUUGUAAAUUGUAUAUAGUACAGCCCUUUCUUCACUCAGGCUUCUUUUUAAAAAUUAUUUAUAUUUUCUUUAGAGAUAGGGUCUUACUGUAUUGCCCAGGCUGUUCUUCAACUCUUGUCCUCAAGCAGUGCCUCAGCCCCCCAAAAUGCUGGGAAUACAGGUGUGAGCCACUGAGUCCAGCCCAUAUAGGCUUCUUUAGUGAACAAGGCAAAAGAUUGUAGCAGGUUUUCUGAGUCAGUUUUCAGUAAUGAUGUGUACUUAUUGAAAGAUUUGAAUCUAGUGAAUGUUGCAGUUGGAUUGUUGAUGCCCUUCCCUCUCUGAAUCAUUGCUGUGCUUCAUGUAAUCCUGAAAGGGCAGGAGUGCCCUCUAUUCUUGUCAGAUUAGGCAGGGGAUAGUGGGGCCGGGAGACACAGUGCUAAAGAGAAGAUUGAGCUGACAGGUGGACAAAACAGGUGGGUAGGCAUAUUUCAAGUCAAAGUUCAUGAGAACUCAAUUGAAUUUGUUCCUUCAGUAUUCAUUCAGUGUUUCUGGUUUUUGUUUUUUUUGAGAGAGUGAUGCAAUCAUGGCUCAUUGCAGCCCCGACCUCCAGGGCUCAAGUGAUCCUCCCACCUCACCCUCUCAAGUAGCUGGGACUAAUGGCAUGUACCACCGCACAACAAGGCUAAUUUUUUCCAUCUUUUGUAGACAGGGAGGGUCUACAAAACCUAAGGCUGAUCUUAAACACUCAGGCUCAAGCAAUUCUUCCUCCUCGGCCUGUCAGAGUGUUGGAAUUACAGGAAUCACCACACCCAGUCCUGUUCAGUGUUUCUUGAAUGCCUUCUCUGUGUGAGGUUUUGUUAGAGGUGCUUAAGACACAGUACUGAAGACACAGUGCUGGGCAAAAUAUCCACUCUCCUAUAGUCUGCAUUCAGGGCUUAGAAAAGGAUCACAGAGCAGAAAGAUGCCUGGCGCUGGCACACAUCUGUCCAGCCCCUAAGCAGUGUGUUUGCAUAAUGAUCCCUCAAAUCCUAAAAAUAUUUAGAAAUCUAAUUCUGGGAUUCAGGCCUCAGCAGUCAGGAAGAUGUCUCUGCCAACUACUGAGAUAUUAAUUAGGGAAACAUUAGGGCAUAUAUCUCAGCUUACCAGAUUCACAGAGGUGGAUGAAAGCAUCAUCUGUGAGUCAGUACCAUGAGAAAUGGAGUGCCACGACCACUGAUGAACUUAGUUUUAAAGAUCAAAGUGAGAGUGAUGAGCUAUUGACAGAAAUUGAGAAGUAGCCAUAGGACUACGAGGUAGAUCAACACUGAGGAAUCUGUAAAUGUAACUUAUGACAUGAAAAACAAAAAUACCAUAUUUAUAGUUGACUGAGUACUUGAUAAAAUUCAACAGCUUUUCCAGCUAAGAAACACAGAAAAACACUUUUAACAUAGUAUAAGAAAUUUUUUUAGGAAUAAAUACCUAAUACCAUACUUAAUAUGAUAUGGCAUACUGGAUGCUUUGCAUAAAAGUUGGGAAUUAGAAAACAGUUUUGAAAAAUAAGAAUAAUGAGAAGGGAUUUGCCUUCUUGAAUAUAAAAACAUAUUCAGCUACAGUAAUUUUAAGUGGUGUAUUAAUUGUAAAAUAGACAAGUAGAUUGAGUCAGAAUAAACAUUCUAGAAAUAUGUGGGAAGAGGUAAGGACAUUUUUGUGCUUUUGCAGAGGGACCAUAACACCCAGCCAAAACCAUGUCAGUUUGUUAAUUCAUUUCGCAUUUCUCAGGAAAAUGAUUUCUCUCCUUCUUUGAAUAUUUUCUAGAAUGAGUGCUGUGGCCCCAAAUUGGGAGGCUUAGUCCUAUUACCAGUGACCUGAAAUUCAGGUCAUCUUGAUGUCUGUUAAGCUUAUUUCAGAGUUUCUAAAAUAUUUCAUUUAAUGAGUAAAAAUAGGUUACUCACAUUCCCAACAUUGUCACUGACUCACCAUCUCAUCUGGAACAAUUAUACCACUUUCAGCACUCACUAUCCACAUACCUAAAAAUAAGAGUCAGAAUGGAGGGGCUAUUAAAAUGAUGUACACCGUAGCUUCAGAUCUCAUUCCCAUGAGCAGAUAAUUCACAGUAAUAAGGAAGACCUGUCCUCCCUUCCUGAGAGCUAGUGAAGAUAUAAGAAUUAAUUUAUGUAUUAUAUAAAACUUGGGUACAACACUUUGGGUACAAAGUGUUAUAUUAACUUAUUACCGCAUUUAAAAUGCUAAUUUGAGGUUCAUCCACUCUGCAUAAAGUACAUGUCUGAAUGUUUCUUUUUUUUUCCUGCACCCUUCAGAAGUGUAGCAGCAAUGCAAACCAGAAGCUUUGUAAAACAUAGUCGUUUUGAAAACCAGUGGCCAGGGGUGAGUUCUUGGAACUGACCAGCGCUUCAGGUUCUUCUUUGUAGACAUGUGAAGGAUGUGUUGGAGUCAAGGGUGAUUUGCAGGAUUUGGGCUUCAGCACCUGAAGGGAUGGUAAUGCCAUUUACUGAGAUAUUAAUUUGUAUAUUAUUUGAUAACCAGAUCCACAGGGGUGGAGGAGAGCAUCAUCUAGUGAGAAUAUGAAAAGAAAACACAUGAAAUAAACUCUAGUUUUACAGGUCAAAAUAGAGUGAUGUGCUCUAGCAAAGGAAACUAAGAAUAGCAGAAUAGGGAAAGGCAGUAUUAUAGAAGUUAAGGAAAGAGGGUUUCAGGUGGGGCAGAGAACAGCUUUGAUUGCUGCUGAGGAGCCCAGAGAAGGGGACUGAGGAGUGGCAGUGGAAUAUCUUAAUAGGGAAGUUAUUGAUGACCUUGGCCAGGGCAUUUCCAGUGGAUCCUGGGGAGGCACAUGUAUUUCACUUUGUUCUCUGAAAUCUGAGAUCAGCCUGCCUAUAGUUUCUUUACCAAGGUGAGGCUGUAUUUUCAAGCAUCGGGGACAGAUCCUUUGUUAUGAGACACUGUUACUCUUAAGCCUUGGAAAAUUCCAUCGGGAGAAUGAGGCUAUGUUAAAGGCAAUUAAAAAUGUUAAACAUCACUCACUCUGAGACAGAAUAUUUAGGUUUUCUAUUUACUAUACUUCUUUGAGUGGACUAUAAAGUAUGAAUCAGCAUGUCAAAUCACGCCCAUUGAUGGGAAAACCACUUUAAAAAGUGAUCGAAUAACAUUGCUAGUCAUCACAUGUUGAACAGUUUUAGUGAGUGGAAUGCCAUUGCAAUUCAUUUUAAUCCUUUUCUGAUAGUGUGUAAUAACUCACUUAUUCUAAAUUGUAGAAAUUUAAAAACAUGAAUAAUUGUGGGAAGUUCUUAGGAAUUUUGAGGUAUUUAUGAGUAAGUAUUUUAGAUAUCUGCACUGAUUUUUUUUUGUUUUUAAAGACAGAGUCUUACUGUGUUGCCUAGGCUGGUCUUGAAUUCUAGGCCUCAGAUGAUCCUUCUGCCUUGGCCUGUCCUGCACUGAUAUUUUUGAAGCUGGUUUUUUUUUUUUUUUUUUUUUUUCCUUUUGUAAAGAGAGAGGGUCUUGCUCUGUCACCCAGGGUGUAGUGCAAUGGUAUGAUCAUAGUGCACUGUAACUUCAAACUCCUAGGCUUAAGCAAUCAUCCUGCCUCGGCCUCUCAAGUAGCUAGGACUACAGGUUCGUGCCACUGCCUCUGGUUAAUUUUUAAAAUGUUUUAUAGAGAAAGGGUCUCACUAUGUUACUCAGGCUGAUCUCAAACUCCUGGCCUCAAGUGAUUCUCCUGCCUUGGCCUCCCAAAGUGCUGAGAUUACAUGCAUGAGCCACCACAUUGGGCCUCGCAUUUUUGAUACAGUAUCAGCAUCAAAUUAUUGACUAAGAUCAAGGUUUGUUUUCAAUGACAGUAGAAAUUAAAAAUUAUUUUAAAAAUUAAUUUUCGCUUUCUGGUGGUGACGACCCACCCACGAGAACAUGCUUCUUGCAAAGGAUCUUCUUCAUCCCUCUCCAAAAGAGGAGAAGCGGAAACGCAAGAAGAAAUGCCUGGUACAGAGCCUCAAUUCCUACUUCAUGGAUGUGAAAUGCCCAGGAUGCUAUAAAAUCACCACGGUCUUUAGCCAUGCACAAAUGGUAGUUUUGUGUGUUGGCUGCUCCACUGUCCUCUGCCAGCCUGCAGGAGGAAAAGCAAGGCUUAUAGUAGGAUGUUCUUUCAGGAGUAAGCAGCACUGAAAGCACUCUGAAUCAAAUGAGUGGGAAACCAUCUCAAUAAACACAAUUUGGAUUAAAAAAAUUAAUUUUCUUGACAAAGUUAUAACUAGUUUGCAUCACAUAACUAUAUUUCAAGUUAGGACUUAAACUGGAUCAAUUUGUCAAAGAGCUGGUGAGCAGCAUUUGUUAGGAGGUGGAUAGGUGAAGUAUGGUAGAAAUGGUCAGGCUAAGAAUUACUUUAGAUCAUGGCAUCUAUUAUCCUGAGUCUAUGUGGGAUGCUAGAAUGUUGCAAGGUAGUUGCUAAAGAUGGAUAACAUUUGAUAGGUAUCAUGAAAGUCUUCCAGAAUCUUUCUUAGGAUUGUUAGUUGUGCUUUUCCUUCUGACUGGAAAAACCUUUUCUCUCUGUCUCUCCCCUCCCUUCUUCAUCUGAAUUCUUGCUAAUUCUUCAGCUCUUUGCUUAAAUACCACUUUCUCAGAGCUUACUCUGUGAAUAGAACAGGUUUUUUAUGGUUUUAUGCUCUCUUAGCACUCGGUAUAUUGUCUUUGCAAAAUUAUUAAUAGAACGGCAGCAAAAUUAUUUCUUGUAUCAUUAGUUCUUUGCUUCCUCCUGCCUUGCUACUAUGAGCUCCAUAAUGGGCACAGUUCAUGACUGUCUUGUUAACAGCAGUAUUCCCAGUGCCUAGUGGCCCACUGUCAUACAAUACUUAUUGAAUAGAAAUGCUACUGAAAAGCCCAUAUGAUUUCUCUUAAACUCAGGCUGGGCUUGGUGGCUCACGCCUGUAAUUCCAGCACUUUGGGAGGCCAAGGCGGGCAGAUCACCUGAGAUCAGGAGUUUGAGAUCAGCCUGGCCAACAUGGUGAAACCCCAUCUCAACUAAAAAUACAAAAAUUUAGCCAGGCAUGGUGGUGGGCACCUGUAAUCCCAGUUACUCAGGAGUCUGAGGCAGGAGAAUUGCUUGAACCCAAGAGGCGGAGGUUGCAUUGAGUCAAGAUUGUGUCAUUACACUCCAGCCUGAGUGACAGAGUGAGACUCUGUCUCAAAAAUAAAUAAACUCUGGGAUUGAUGGUUUAAAGAGCUGCAGAAAAGAUCAUAUAGCUGGUCUAAGGGCCUAUUUGCAUGGCUCUCAGAGAUGGAGAUGUCUGGGUAAAUGAGCCUUGUUUUAUAAUGCUGCUUUAAAUUUAGGAGUGACUUUAGUCUAAGGAGUCAGAAUGUUAAAUGAAAACCUUGUUUGUGCCUGAGUACACCGUGCUGUAUUGUAUAUGUUCUCUGUCUAGGCCUCAUUCUUUUAUGAGUGUGUUGUGCUGUAUUGUGUAUUAUCCUCUGUAGUUACAUGGUAGACCACCAAAAUGGGGGGAAAGCCCCUAAUUUGAGGUGAAUAAUUACCAAGUGAUUUUUUUUCCACAUUUUAUAGAUAUAAGUUCAUUUAAUGCUCAUAACAACACUGUGAGGUCAGUAUUAUUGUCAUUUUACAGAUAAGGAAACUAAGUGACAGGUGAAAUAACUUGCCCAAGGUCACGUAGCUAACAAGUGGCCAGAGCUAGGAUUUAAACCCAGGCCAUCUGGCAGUGGAGUUCAGGCUCUUCACCCCUGCACUGUGCCAGCUCACAUGAGGGGGUAGCUCACAUACACCCAGUAUAGUCCGUGCGUAGAAUUUCUUAAGUUUUGUGCAUAUCAGUUUGAGUUUAGGGGAAGGCGGUUGAGAUUCUAGAAAGCCUAGUGUGAUCCUCACCUAUUCAGAAUGUUUGCAGCUUCUUCCAGUGAGGCCCUUUGAAGAGACCCAGAAGCUUUUAUCUACAUAGGUCAGUGGAGAACGUUGCUGAUUCUCCGCUUUGUACUCGAAUGGUCUGACUUCCUUCUGUAUUCAUUUUUCUAUAAACAAGGUUUAUAGGUAAUCUGAAACAUACUGUUCACAUAUGUCAAAAUUGAUUGACUGUUUUGUUUUAGGGGAGGUAGAAGUUACAUUCAGGACUUUUUUUUUUUUUUCAAUUUUUUAUUGGAUUAUAGGUUUUGGGGUACAUGAGCAGAGCAUGCAAGACAGUUGCGUAGGUACACACAUGGCAGUGUGCUUUGCUUUUCUUCUCCCCUUCACCCACAUUUGGCAUUUCUCCCCAGGCUAUCCCUCCCCACCACCCCCUCCCACUGGCCCUCCCCUUUUCCCCCCAAUAGACCCCAGUGUUUAGUACUCCCCUUUCUGUGUCCAUGUGUUCUCAUUUUUCAUCACCCACCUAUGAGUGAGAAUAUGCGGUGUUUCAUUUUCUGUUCUUGUGUCAGUUUGCUGAGGAUGAUGUUCUCCAGAUUCAUCCAUGUCCCUACAAAUGACACAAACUCAUCAUUUCUGAUUGCUGCAUAAUAUUCCAUGGUGUAUAUGUGCCACAUUUUUCCAAUCCAGUCUAUUAUCAAUGGGCAUUUAGGUUGAUUCCAGGUCUUUGCUAUUGUAAACAGUGCUGCAAUGAACAUUCGUGUACAUGUGUCCUUAUAGUAGAACGAUUUAUAGUCUUUUGGAUAUAUACCCAGUAAUGGGAUUGCUGGGUCAAAUGGAAUUUCUAUUUCUAAGGCCUUGAGGAAUCGCCACACUGUCUUCCACAAUGGUUGAACUAAUUUACACUCCCACCAACAGUGUAAAAGUGUUCCUUUUUCUCCACAUCCUCUCCAGCAUCUGUUGUCUCCAGAUUUUUUAAUGAUCGCCAUUCUAACUGGCGUGAGAUGGUAUCUCAAUGUGGUUUUGAUUUGCAUCUCUCUGAUGACCAGUGACGAUGAGCAUUUUUUCAUAUGACUGUUGGCCUCAUAUAUGUCUUCUUUCGUAAAGUAUCUGUUCAUAUCCUUUGCCCACUUUUGAAUGGGCUUGUUUGUUUUUUUCCUGUAAAUCUGUUUGAGUUCUUUGUAAAUUCUGGAUAUCAGUCCUUUGUCAGAUGGGUAGACUGCGAAAAUUUUUUCCCAUUCUGUUGGUUGCCGAUCCACUCUAGUGACUGUUUCUUUUGCCGUGCAGAAGCUGUGGAGUUUCAUUAGGUCCCAUUUGUCUAUUUUGGCUUUUGUUGCCAAUGCUUUUGGUGUUUUGUUCAUGAAGUCCUUGCCUACUCCUAUGUCCUGGAUAGUUUUGCCUAGAUUUCCUUCUAGGGUUUUUAUGGUGCCAGGUCUUAUGUUUAAGUCUUUAAUCCAUCUAGAGUUAAUUUUAGUGUAAGGUGUCAGGAAGGGGUCCAGUUUCUGCUUUCUGCACAUGGCUAGCCAGUUUUCCCAACACCAUUUGUUAAACAUGGAAUCCUUGCCCCAUUGCUUGUUUUUGUCAGGUUUAUCGAAGAUUGUAUAGUUGUAUGUAUGUUGUGUUGCCUCCGGUGCCUCUGUUUUGUUCCAUUGGUCUAUAUCUCUGUUUUGGUACCAGUACCAUGCUGUUUUGAUUACUGUAGCCUUGUAGUAUAGUUUGAAAUCCGGUAGUGUGAUGCCCCCCGCUGUGUUCUUUUUGCUUAGAAUUGACUUGGCUAUGCGGGCUCUCUUUUGGUUCCAUAUGAAGUUCAUGGUGGUUUUUUCCAGUUCUGUGAAGAAAGUCAAUGGUAGCUUGAUGGGGAUAGCGUUGAUUCUGUAAAUUACUUUGGGCAGUAUAGCCAUUUUCACGAUAUUAAUUCUUCCUAACCAUGAACAUGGAAUGUUUCUCCAUCUGUUUGUGUCCUCUCUGAUUUCGUUGAGUAGUGGUUUGUAGUUCUCCUUGAAGAGGUCCCUUACGUUCCUUGUGAGCUGUAUUCCAAGGUAUUUUAUUCUUUUUGUAGCAAUUGCGAAUGGCAGUUCGCUCUUGAUUUGGCUUUCUUUAAGUCUGUUAUUGGUGUAGACGAAUGCUUGUGAUUUUUGCACAUUGAUUUUAUAUCCUGAGACUUUGCUGAAGUUGUUUAUCAGUUUCAGGAGUUGUUUUUUUUUUUUAUAAAGACAGAGUCUUUUGUCAUCCAAGCUGUUCUCAAACUCCUGGGCUCAAGCAGUCCUCCCACCUUGGUCUUUCAAAGUGCUAAGAUUAUAGGCAUGAGCCACCUAUCCUUUAUGAAGGUGUUUUAAGUCACAAUUUAAGCUCAAACAUUUACUUCCCUUUCAUCUUAACUAUAUCUAUCUAUCUAUCUAUCUAUAUAUAUGUUAUACACACACAUAUAUUGUCAGAUAUGUGUGUGUGUAGAUAUAUAUAUGUGUGUGUUUGUGUGUGUAUAAGAUAAGAGGAGAGGGCAUUAAAUAGUUGUGUGUGUGUGUGUGUGGUUUUUUUUUUUGAGACAAAGUUUCACUGUGUUGCCGAGGUUGCUCUUGAACUCCUGGGCUCAAGUGAUCCUCUCACCUUAGCCUCCCAAAGUAUUGGGAUUACAGGUGUGAGCCACAGCACCCAGCCUCAUCUCAACUUUCUUUAUAAAUGAUGAAAGACAUAUUAAACAUAGGACAAAAUAAUAACGUAUGAAACACAGGAAAGUUAGCCAUCAGUUGGCCCAGUAGCACAUCUCUCAACCUCUGAUUUGACUGAAGGAUCAAACAUCCUAUGAUUAAGUGCCCAUCAGGAUAAGCUUACUGAGAAAGCAAGAAGUAUAAUCCCUACAUGAACUUAAACUUGAACCGAGAGCUCACAGAGCCUUUUGUCAGUGCGUUUUUGUGUAUCAAAUUUUUAUUAUCCAUAAGAUGGUGCAAAAAUGCUCAUAGAUGUUUAGUAUUUAUAGCAUAAUUUCUUUUACAUAUAUGUAUAUAUUUUUAGUUUUUAGGUUUUUUUUAGAGAUAGGGUCUCACUUUGUUUCCCAGGCUGGAGUGCAGUUGUACGAUCAUAGCUCACUGUAACCUUGAACUACUAGGCUCAAGUGAUCCUUGUCCUUCAGCCUCCCAAGAGCUAGGACUACAGGCAUGCAUGCAUCAUCAUGCCUGGCUAAUUUUUUAAAUUUUUAACAUCUUCUAGAGAUGAGGGUCUCACCAUGUGGCCCAGGCUGGUCUCCAACUCUUGGCUGCAAGCUAUCUUCCUGCCUCUACCUCCCAAAGUUCUAGGAUUGCAGGUACAGGUGUGAGCCACCUUGCCUGGCAAUAUCUUUACACUGACUUGUAAAUCCGUGGUCUGUUUGAUCCCUCCUUUUGGUGUGUUAAAGACCCCUCAGAGUAACAUGGCAUAAGUUAAACCUUUACUCAGAAGUCGGAAUCCAUAACUUCUUUCUUUCCACUUACCAUAUUCAAUCUUUCAUCUUCUACUUCUUACUUGGUUUUCAGAUCUAUUCUAUUCAUCUGUCCACGACUGUCCAAGCCAGAUUAUUAUUAUAUUUUACUUGAAUUAUUGCAUCAAACCUCUUAACUAGAUUCUUGCCUCACUCUAGACCUCUUCAAACUAUAAUCAGAAUAAUGAUUCUAAAGUUACUUUUUCGCUUAUAACCAUAUAAUACUUUAUCUCUUUAAUAAAGACUAAAGUAUUUAACAUGACUUGCAAGACCUUCAUGAUUGGAACUGCAUCAAACCUAUAGAUAAAUUUGGGAAUAACUGCAAACCUAAUGAUGUUGAAUCUUCCAGUCCACUAAUAGGGUAUAUCUUUCUGUUUACUUAGGUCGUGUUUAAUUUCUCUCAGCCUUGUUUUGUUGUUUUUAGUGUAGAAGUCUAGGGCAUCUUUUGUAAGAAUUAUUACUUGACAUAUAUUUGGGACUACUAUAAGUAGAAUUUAUUUAAAUAUAAUCUUUAUAUAUUUUACUUCUAGUAUGUAGGAAAUGAUUGCGCUUUUAGUACUAAUCUUCUAUCCUGUUACUUUGCUAAAUUCAGUUAUGAGUUCUAGCAGUUGCUUUGUGAAUUCUCGGUGAUUUCUGCAUAAACAGCCAUGUUAUUUACAUAUAUUAUAGGAUCAGAUUUAAUUCUUUUGUUUGAAUUUUUUUUUUGCCUUUUCUCCUCCCCUCACCCCCAACUAUAUUAUUUUAGUGCUAGGAUCUCUAGUACAAUGUUGAAUGAGAGUGAUACAAGUGGGCAUUCUUGCCUCAUUCCUAUUAUCAAAAGGAAACAGUUGUCUUUUACAUUAAAUAUGAUAUUAGCUGUAGAUUAUUCACAGAUGCUCUUUAUUGGUUUGAGGAAAUUCCCUACCAUUAUUAGUUUGCUAAGAGUUUUUAUUAUAAAUGGAUACUUAAUUUUGUCAAAUGCUUUUUCCUGCAUCUAUUAAAAUGAUUGUGUGGGUUUUUUCCCUGUAGAUUGUUACUGUGUUGAAUUACAUUUGCUCACAUUUUGUAAAGGAUUUUUACAUUAGUGCUGAUGAAGAAUAUUGAUCUGUAAUUGUCUUAUUGUAUUGGCUUUGUCAGGUUUUGGUAUUAAUGUUAUGCUGGCAUCCUCAAACAAGUUGAAGGAAGUGCUUUCUCUUUCCCCCAUAAUUUUGAAAAUAUUUGCAUAAUUUUAUGUUAUUUCUUCCUUGAAUGUUUGGUAGAAUUGACCAGUGAAACCACCUCAGCUUUCUUUUUGGAGAAGGUUUUUUAAGUCAAUUUCUUUUGUAGGUACGUAGUUACUUAGGUUUUCUGUUUCUUAUGUCAAUUUUGUCAUGCAUCAGCAGUUGAGAUCUAGUGGUAUUAAAGCACAGCAACAACAAAUUCUGAAAGGUUCAGAACCUUGUAAAGAGAGAGUCUACAAGGAUUGCUGGGUAGAUUGUCAUAACUGAAGUCAGGUGGAAGCUAACUAGGCAUUCACUGUUACUUUGCUACUAAUUAGUUCUGUCAUCUUUUGGAAAAGUGAUGUAAUCCUUUCAUACUUUUUUUUCCUGUAAAGAAAUUUUUCUGAAACUUUUGAAAGAAAAUGUAUUUUCAUGGGCUUUCUUUUAUGCCUAAUGGCUUAAAUAAUUUUUAGCAUAAUGUUACUUAAAUAUAUGUAAAAAUAAAGUUCAUAGUUCUGACAUAGCUAUAAAUACAAAGUGUACUUACAAAUUCAGCUUGAAUCUGUUAAACCAGAUAAGUUAAAAUUAACAGCAUAAAUUUAUAGGGAAGUAGACUUGAGACAGUAUCUUUCUACUAUUAUAAUACCAGUGGUUGUGUAGUGUAAAUAAAAGAGCAUGGGCUCUAGAAUAAGACUUACGUUCAAAUAUUGGCUCUGCCAUUUACUUUGUGCAAGUGACUUAUUUAUUUAUAAAAUGUGGAUAAUAAUGUAACUGGUCAAACUAGAAUUUAACUUAGUCAAACUAGAAUUAUUGAUAAUAAUUAGAAUUCUUGGUGUGACAAGUCCUAGAACAGUGCUUGGCAAAUAAGAAUUGUCUAAUAAAUAUUAGCUUUAUUUGUAAUUAUUGUUGUAUUAUUGUUCUGCUGACACCUAAUGAUUAAUUUUGGGUUUAUUGGUAGAAAGUCUGAUUUGAUAUUUAAUGUCCUUCUGAUUUUGGCUUUCAUAAUAUAAAUGCUAAUACACAGAAUGUCUGCUUGCUUAAGUUAACUUCAUAGCUUUGCUAACGUAGUGUAUUAUACUUAACCUAAACUCCACCAGCUAGAACUCCUUGAGUUUCAGGGUUUUUUUGUUUUUUGUUUUUGUAGAAACGGGGUCUCACAGGCUGGUCUCAAACCCCUGGGCUCAAACGAUCCUCCUGCCUUGGCCUCCCAAAGUGCUGGAAUUACAGGCAUGAGCCACUGCACCUGGCCUGAAUUUCAGUUUUUAAUCAAGUGUCACUUGAUAACUCUGAAAGUAUCUAAUCCAGUCAUUGCCCAUGUCAGAUAUGGGGAAAUGCUAUUUUUUAAUUCUUGAAAAUGUAGAAGCAUCAUUUUUCAGCAUAGAGGUAUCAUUAGACUGCUGAUGGAAAUCUGUAGAUUUUAAAAACUUUAUUCUCAGAAUUUUGAAAAUACCUUGAUUGUCUUACUGUUGAUUUCAAUUUGUAGGAAACUUAGAAUGUAUUGAAGUAUAGUGGUAACUAUUCUUUUGACUCAGCAUGUUUAAUUGCCUUAAUAUAUCAGCUAAUUAUGCUCUCAAAACUACUAGUUAACAUAGUUGCCAGGUUGAAAUAUAUUUUUUUCUUUCUUUCUUUUUUUUUUUUUUUUUUUUGCUGUAGCAUCUUUAGAAUAUCUUACCUUCUUUAUUUUUUUAUUACGUUUUAGGUUUUGGGGUACGUGUGAAGAACAUGCAAGAUUGUUGCAUAGGUACACACGUGGCAGUGUGAUUUGCUGCCUUCCUCCCCUUCAGCUAUAUCUGGCAUUUCUCCCCAUGAUAUCUCUCCCCAACUCCCAAUCCCCCGCUGUCCCUCCCCUAUUUCCCCCCAACAGACCCCAAUGUGUGUUGUUCUCCUCCCUGUGUCCAUGUGUUCUCAUUGUUCAACACCCACCUAUGAGUGAGAACAUGCGGUGUUUGAUUUUCUGUUCUUAUGUUGGUUUGCUGAGAAUGAUGGUAUCCAGGUUCAUCCAUGUCCCUGCAAAGGACACGAACUCAUUGUUUUUGAUGGCUGCAUAAUAUUCCAUGGUGUAUAUGUGCCACAUUUUCCCUGUCCAGUCUACCAUCGAUGGGCAUUUGGGUUGGUUCCAGGUCUUUGCUAUUGUAAACAGUGCUGCCAUGAACAUUUGUGUGCAUGUGUCCUUAUAGUAGAACGAUUUAUAAUCCUUUGGAUAUAUACCCAGUAAUGGGAUUGCUGGGUCAAAUGGAAUUUCUAUUUCUAGGUCCUUGAGGAAUCACUACAUUGUCUUCCACAAUGGUUGAACUAAUUUACACUCCCACCAACAGUGUAAAAGUGUUCCUAUUUCUCCACAUCCUCUCCAGCAUCUGUUGUCUCCAGAUUUUUUGAUGAUCGCCAUUCUAACUGGCGUGAGAUGGUAUCUCAAUGUGGUUUUGAUUUGCAUUUCUCUAAUGACCAGUGAUGAUGAGCAUUUUUUCUUUUUUUUUGAGACGGAGUUUUGCUCUUGUUACCCAGGCUGGAGCGCAAUGGUGUGAUCUUGGCUCACUGCAACCCCCGCCUCCUGGGUUCAGGCAAUUCUCCUGCCUCAGCCUCCUGAGUAGCUGGGAUUACAGGCACGCGCCACCAUGCCCAGCUAACUUUUUGUAUUUUUAGUAGAGACGGGGUUUCACCAUGUUGACCAGGAUGGUCUCGAUCUCUUGACCUCGUGUUCCACCCACCUCGGCAUUUUUUCAUAUGUUCGUUGGCCUCAUGUAUGUCUUCUUUUGUAAAGUGCCUGUUCAUAACCUUCGCCCACUUUUGAAUGCUUGUUUGUUUUGUUCUUGUAAAUCUGUUUUAGUUCUUUGUAAAUUCUGGAUAUCAGCCCUUUGUCAGAUGAGAAAACUGCAAAAAUUUUUUCCCAUUCUGUUGGUUGCCGAUUCACUCUAAUGACUGUUUCUUUUGCUGUGCAGAAGCUGUGGAGUUUGAUUAGGUUCUGUUUAUCUAUUUUGGCUUUUGUUGCCAAUGCUUUUGGUGUUCUGGUCAUGAAGUUCUUGCCUAUGCCUAUGUCCUGACUGGUUUUGCCUAGAAAUUCUUCUAGGGUUUUUAUGGUGUUAGGUCUUAUGUUUAAGUCUUUAAUCCAUCUGAAGUUAAUUUCAAAUUUUAGUGUAAGGUGUCAGGAAGGGUUCCAAUUUCUGCUUUCUGGACCUGGCUAGCCAGUUUUCCCAACACCAUUUAUUAAACAGGGAAUCCUUUCCCCAUUGCUUGCUUUUGUCAGGUUUGUCAAAGAUUGGAUGGUUGUAGAUAUGUUGUGUUGCCUCUGAGGCCUCUGUUCUGUUCUAUUGGUCUAUAUCUCUAUUUUGGUACCAGUACCAUGCUGUUUUGAUUACUGUAGCUUUGUAGUAUAAUUUGAAGUCAGGUAGUGUGAUGCCUCCCACUUUGUUCUUUCUGCUUUUGGUUCCAUAUGAAGUUUAAUGUGUCUUUUUCCAGUUCUGUGAAGAAGGUCAUUGGUAGCUUGAUGGGGAUAGCAUUGAAUCUGUAAAUUACUUUGGGCAGUGUGGCCUGUUUCAUGAUAUUGAUUCUUCCUAACCAUGAACAUGGAAUGUUUCUCCAUCUGUUUGUGUCCUCUCUUAUUUCAUUGUAGUGGUUUGUAGUUCUCCUUGAAGAGGUCCUUACUUUCCUUGUUAGUUGUAUUCCUAGGUAUUUUAUUCUCUUUGUAGCAACUGUGAAUGGCAGUUCAUUCUUGAUUUGGCUCUCUUUCAUUCUGUUAUUGGUGUAUAGGAAUGCUUGUGAUUUUUGCACAUUGAUUUUGUGUCCUGAGACUUUGCUGAAGUUGCUUAUCAGUUCAGGAGAUUUUGGGCUGAGAUGAUGGGGUCUUCUAGAUAUACAAUCAUGUCGUCUGCAAAUAGAGACAAUUUGACUUCCUCUUUAUUUCUUUUUGACUUCCCCUUUAUUUCUUUUUCUGGCCUGAUUGCUCUGGCUAGAACUUCCAGUACUAUAUUGAAUAGGAGUGGUGAGAGAGGGGAUCCUUGUCUAGUGCCAGAUUUCAAAGGGAAUGCUUCCAGUUUUUGCCCAUUCAGUAUGAUAUUCGCUGUUGGUUUGUCAUAAAUAGCUUUUAUUAUUUUGAGAUACGUUCUUUCAAUACCUAGUUUAUUGAGGGUUUUUAGCAUAAAGGGCUGUUGAAUUUUGUCAAAGGCCUUCUCUGCAUCAAUUGAGAUAAUCAUGUGAUUUUUAUCUUUGGUUCUGUUUAUGUGGUGAAUUACGUUUAUAGACUUGCGUAUGUUGAACCAGCCUUGCGUCCCCGGGAUGAAUCCUACUUGAUCAUGGUGGAUAAGCUUUUUGAUGUGCUGCUGCAAGUGGCUUGCCGGUAUUUUAUUGAAGAUUUUUGCAUCUCUGUUCAUCAUGGAUAUUGGCCUGAAGUUUUCUUUUCUUGUUGAGUCUCUGCCGGGUUUUGGUAUCAGGAUGAUGUUGGUUUCAUAAAAUGAUGUGGGAAGGAUUCCCUCUUUUUGGAUUAUUUGGAAUAGUUUCAGAAGGAAUGGUACCAGCUCCUCGUUGUAUGUCUGGUAGAAUUCAGCUGUGAACCCAUCUGGACCCGGGCUUUUUUUGGGUGGUAGGCUCUUAAUUGCUGCCUCAACUUCAGACCUUGUUAUUGAUCUCUUUAGGGUUUCAACUUCUUCCUGGUUUAGGCUUGGGAGGAUGCAAGUGUCCAGGAAUUUAACCAUUUCUUCCAGGUUUACUAGUUUAUGUGCAUAGAGUUGUUUGUAAUAAUCUCUGAUGAUAGUUUGAAUUUCUGUGGAAUCUGUGGUGAUUUCCCCUUUAUCAUUUUUUAUUGCAUCUAUUUGGUUAUUCUCUCUUUUCUUUUUUAUUAAUCUGGCUAGUGGUCUAUUUUGUUGAUCUUUUCAAAAAACAAAGGGUUUUUUUGAAGGGUUUUUUUGUGUCUCUGUCUCCUUCAGUUCUGCUCUGAUCUUAGUUAUUUCUUGUCUUCUGCUAGGUUUUGAGUUUUUUUUUAUCUUGCUCCUCUAGCUCUUUCAAUUUUGACGAUAGGGUGUCAAUUUUAGAUUUCUCCUUGCUUCUCAUGUGGGCAUUUAUUACUAUAUAUUUUUCUCUAGAGACUGCUUUAAAUGUGUCCCAGAGAUUCUGGUAUGUUGUGUCUUCGUUCUCGUUUUCGAACAAUAUCUUUAUUUCUACCUUCAUUUCAUUGUUUAUCCAGUCAACAUUCAGGAGCCAGUUGUUCAGUUUCUGUGAAGCUGUGCGGUUCUGAGUUAGUUUCUGAAUUCUGAGUUCUAACUUCAUUGCACUGUGGUCUGAGAGACUGUUAUGAUUUCUGUUCUUUUGCAUUUGCUGAGGAGUGAUUUACUUCCAAUUAUGUGGUCAAUUUUAGACUAGGUGUGAUAUGGUGGUGAGAAGAAUGUAUAUUCUGUGGAUUUGGGGUGGGGAGUUCUGUAAAUGUCUAUUAGGUUUGCUUGUUCCAGGUCUGAUAUCCUUGUUAAUUUUCUGUCUCGUUUAUCUGUCUAAUAUUGACAACGGGAUGUUAAAGUCUCCCACUGUUAUUGUGUAGGAGUCUAAGUCUCUUUGUAAGUCAUUAAAAACUUGCCUUAUGUAUCUGGGUGCCCCUGCAUUGAGUGUGUAUAUGUUUAGGAUUGUUAGCUCUUCUUGUUGCAUUGAUCCCUUUACCAUUAUGUAAUGUUCUUCUUUGUCUCUUUUGAUCAUUGUUUGCUUUAAAGUCUAUUUUAUCAGAGACGAGAAUUGCCACAAUCCUGCUUUUUUUUGCUCUCCAUUUGCUUGGUAAAUCUUCCUCCAUCCCUUUAUUUUGAGCCUUUGUGUAUCCUUGCAUGUGACAUGGGUUUCCUGGAUACAGCACACCGAUGGGUUUUGGCUUUUUAUCCAAUUUGCCAGUCUGUGUCUUUUGAUUGGUGCAUUUAGACCAUUUACAUUUAGGGUUAAUAUUGUUAUAUGUGAAUUUGAUACUGCCAUUUUGAUGCUAGCUGGCUGUUUGCCUGUUAGUUGAUGCAGAUUCUUCAUUGUGUUGAUGCUCUUUACCAUUUGGUAUGUUUUUGGAAUGGCUGGUACUGGUUGUUCCUUUCUAUGUGUAGUGCCUCUUUGAGGAGCUCUUGUAAAGCUGGCCUAGUGGUGAUGAAAUCUCUGAGUACUUGCUUGUUCGCAAGGGAUUUUAUUUUUCCUUCACUUAUGAAGCUCAGUUUGGCUGGAUAUGAAAUUCUGGGUUGAAAGUUCUUUUCUUUAAGGAUGUUGAAUAUUGGCCCCCAUUCUCUUCUGGCUUGCAGAGUUUCUGCGGAGAGAUCUGCUGUGAGUCUGACAGGCUUUUCUUUGUGGGUAACCUGACCUUUCUCUCUGGCUGCCCUUAGCAUUUUCUCCUUCAUUUCAACCCUAGUGAAUCUGACAAUUAUGUGCGUUGAGGUUGCUCUUCUUGAGGAAUAUCUUUGUGGUGUUCUCUGUAUUUCCUGGACUUGAAUAUUGUCCUGCCUUGCUAGGUUGGGGAAGUUUUCCUCGAUAAUAUCCUGAAGAGUAUUUUUCAGCUUGGAAUCAUUCUCUUUGUCACAUUCAGGUACACCUAUCAAACGUAGAUUAGGUCUUUUCACAUAAUCCCAUAUUUCUUGGAGACUUUGUUCAUUCCCUUUUAGCCUUUUUUCUUUAAUCUUGCCUCCUUGUUUUAUUUCAUUGAGUUAUCUUUGACCUCUGAUAUCCUUUCUUCUGCUUGGUCAAUUCGGCUGUUGAAACUUGUGCAUGCUUUGCAAAGGUUGAAAUAUAUUAAUAGUAAUUUUGGAAAAAUAUUUUCAUUUUAUGGUACUCAAAGUUUAAGAACCUCUUCAUGAGAUUGGCAAUGAAUUUAAGAAUGUAAUAAAAGCAACUUAAUGUUUACCACCUUUUGAUUCAUAAAGCUCAGUGAAUAUUAAUAAAAUGUGUAGCCUUUAAUAAAAUUUAUAAUUUUAUCCACUUUGUCUUUUCAUUUUAGCAUUUUAUCAUUAUAUUUAUGGGGGCCUUCAGGAAAGGUACUGUCUUACUCUUGUAUAGUAGCUUCUACCUGGUUAAAAGGUUCUUUAGAGUUCUAUAUGUCUUUAUAAUCUGUGCCUUAAUUCUGCCAUGUUUUUAGAUAUUUAAAUUGUUUUAACAUCUUCAUUCAAAUAUUGUGCCAUAAAUUGCAUGCCUGUAGUCCCACCUAUGCAGGAGGCUAAGGCAGGAUAAUUGCUUAAGCUGGGGAGUUCAAGAACACUGUGAACUGCAUUUCAACCUGGGCAGCAAAGCAAGACUCUGCCUCAAAAAAAAUAUUGUGCCAUGAUGUAUAUGAUUUUCUAUGAACAUGUAGUAUUUAUUUCAAUUCCAUUUCUUUUCUCAUUGCCCUACGACACUUAAAAGUAAUAUAUUACUCCACCAUCACAUUAUGUUGUUUUCAUGAUGUUAAAUUAGGAUGCCUUUUGUUUUAAAAUUAUUAGUGCAAAAGAGAAGUGUUUCAUUUAUAUGUGCUGAGAUGAAUACAGUGUGAACAGGUUUCCUAACAAAUUGGAAGCCGAGUGAUGUCACUCAAGGUGAUUAUGGGCCCUAAUGUGAGGCACAGGGUUUUGAAAUUACAUGGCAUUAUGUGGGUAUAUGAUUAUUUAGAUGAUUAAUAAUGUGUUCCUAUUAACUACUUUUUAUUAUCAAAAUGAAAAAUGGUAAAGACAUUGUGAAAUAGAAUUACAGACCUUCUAAGAAUUUAUUUGUGGAGUCUAGUCUGAGUAACAAUCGUCCUGGAGUAUGGUGCAGAGGAAAUGAAGGAUUAUACUCUAAGGUGUCAGAAACCAGGGAAGAAUGUAUUAGUUUGUGUGUGUUAAUUAGUAACUGACUUCAGCUGUAUGUAGCAAACAGCUCCCCAGCACCAUAAGACAGUGAAACAAAACAAAACAAGCAAAAAUAAGAGAAAACACCAACAACAGUGGCUUGAACAAGAUCAGGAGUGUGUCUUCCUGAAGCAGGGAAUUCAGAGCUGAUGUCGUGGCUCAGUGGUGUCAUCAGGGACCCACGCUCUUUCUUGUUCUCUGGCAUUCUUAAGUUCUUCUUUAUGCUCCUAGGAGGCCUCUGUAGCUCCAGCCAUCCUAUCUUUUUCCCGUUGGAAAGAAAAGGGAAGAACUAAAGGGAAAAGGCAAAAACCAGACAAAUCUGUUUCAAGGGCUUUCUCAGAACCCCACUCAGUGACUUCCAUUUGGGAGCUGAUCAUAAUCCAGAAAGAAACAACCACGAGCACCAUAAUCCCGGAUAAAAAUCCCUAAAGUCUAAAAUCCUGAAAAUCAAUCCUGAAAGAUCAAAAUCCCAAAAAUAUAAUUCUGGAAAAAAUUUAAAAGAUAUUUAUUUUACAUUUUUAAAAAAGGGGGACUUAUUUGAGAAACAAAGGCAGAACACUUCAUAGGUCACUUUAUAAAAUAAAAUAGGCAAUAUUAAUAUACAGAUUUUUGCAAACAGAAACACUCAGGUAUAUUAAUGACAGUUGCAUGGGUAUAACAGUUAUGAGCAGAUGAACCAUAGCCAUGAAGAAAUAGCUUAUAACUGAGGUCAUCUGAUAUACUGUGACAGACAAACUAGGUCUUUUGAUGACAUUCAUCAAAACGGUAAUGGGUCACCACUGCAUAUGCAGAUGCCCAAAGAGCUAAGAUCUUGAGAAAGUUUAUUUUUCACAAAUGUGGAUGUACAAAAAGGACAUCUCUUCAUUUAUUAAGAAAGUUUCGGCCAGGCGCGGUGGCUCACGCCUAUAAUUCCAGCACUUUGUGAGGCCGAGGCAGGUGGAUCACGAGGUCAAGAGAUCGAGACCAUCCUGGUCAACAAGGUGAAACCCCGUCUCUUCUAAAAAUACAGAAAUUAGCUGGGCAUGCUGGCGUGUGCCUGUAGUCCCAGCUGCUUGGGAGGCUGAGGCAAGAGAAUUGCUUGAACCCAGGAGGCGGAGGUUGCGGUGAACCGAGAUCAUGCCAUUGCACUCCAGCCUGGGUAACAAGAGUGAAACUCCAUCUCAAAAAAAAAAAAAAAGAAAGUUUCAAUGCUUUUAUAUACACACACAGUGCUUACACACAAAGUCGACAUUGUGGUAAUAUACCUUUUUGGAGUCAAAUUUCCAAAAAUGACAUAAAGUAAAUUAGAACUGUGUAAGUCUUCAUAAUGUUGAUACCUCCAGUUUUGGAAAUUAUAAGAUGAAAUACAUAGCAUAGCACAUCGUAUUGUUGUGGCUCAAGCCUGAAAUCCCAGCACUUUAGGAGGCUCAAAUAGAUCACUUAAGCUCAGGAGUUCAAGACCAGCCUGGGCAACAUGGCAAAACCCCAUCUCUAAAAAAAAAAAAAAAAAUUUUAAUACAAAAAGUAGCCAGGCGUGGUACAUAUCUGUGGUCCCAGCUACUUGGGAGGCUGAGGUAGGAGGGUUACCAAAACCCCGGGGGGGCAGAGGUUGCAGUGAGCUGUGAUCUCACCACUGUACUCCAGUCUGGGCAACAGAGCAAGACCCUGUCUCCAGAAAAAAAAAAGGAAAAAAAAAAUAGGGCUGCCAAUUUAAGAGUAGGAAAACUUAAAAAAAAAAGUGUGUUACAAGGCUAUAUUAUGGCAGUUGCGUGGAGGUAGUCUGUAAGAGCUGGCUGAUUUUCAUGAUCAUUAAACUAUAUUUUGAAGUCUUGUAUGUUGAUGAAUAGCUUCUUUUUUUCUUUUAGGACAUGGCUCUCCAUAGAGAAUGUGUUCAUGUUCCUUCUAUAGGUGAUACUGUUCUUUUUUGAAUUCUUCUGUGAUUCGGUAUACCACAUGAGCAUUGCCUAUUAAAUUUCCCCACACUUCUGAGUUGUGGGUAGAUGGAAAUCCAUUCUGCAUGUACUCAUACACAGACCACAAAUCUGGCAGAAGCAGUUCUAGUGAUGGAACAGCAACACCAUUACAUAUUAAAUGUCUUCUUAUCCUACUGUGCACAUAAUUAUUUUUGAACUAGUCAUUACUUUUCUGGCUUCUUCAGGCAAUGUGGCUUUAAUUCAUUAAAAGUUUCUGGAAUGUCAUCUGCUGAAAAGAAGGCCAGUGUAGGCAAAUGACCCCUUCAACUGAAGUUUGUAUCAUUGUAGCCUGUCCACUCAUCUGAAUUUCGUGCCAAAUGCAUUAAGCUGAAUAGGAAAUACAAACUUUAUUGGUAACACUUUGAAAUUCACUUUUUAAAAAAAUGUGUUUUUUUCUGAGAUGAGUUUCGCUCUUGUUGUCCAGGCUGGAGUGCAAUAGCAUGAUCUGGCUCGUUGAAACCUCCACCCGAGUUCAAAGGAUUUUCCUGCCUCAGCCUCCCAAGGAGCUGGGAUCACAGGCAGGUGCCUCUGUGCCUGCCUAAUUUUUUUGCGUUUUUAGUAGAGAUGGAGUUUCACCAUGUUGGCCUGGCUGCUCUUGAAUUCCUGACCUCAAGUGAUCUGCCCACCUCAGCCUCCCAAAGUUUGGGAUUACAGGCGUGAGCCACUGCACCCGGCCCAAAUAAAGGUUUAUUAAAUGCUUUACUUUUUCUAUUCAUUAAUACAUAAUUGAGUGGAUAAGUUCUAGAAUUUUCACAUCUAACAGGGACAUGAAUUAUAUGUAGUUGAUAAACAGUGGGAACGAUUUUGAAAUUCAUUAGCUAAAGUGAAGCAUGUGGUAGUUCUUCCAUGUUAGAUUUAGUGGUAAAUAUAAGAAAUCUGCCUUCUUUGACAGUCAAAUCACUAAUCAUGAAUAGUUCACCAUUUAAUUUUUUUUAAACACUGACGAAACCUCAGUAUCAACAUGUGUAUUUGGUUCAGAAGGUCACUGAGCUUAUUGAAUUCUUUUUAUUGUCUGCUGAAGGGUGUUUUUUGAAUGGAAGCAUGGUGCUAUAUGUGAAGGGGCAGAAGUCGUACACAAUUGAAUAAUUUGGCAGGGGAGAUUUCUUGUACUUUUUGCCUGUGUUUUCACUUCUGUGAUCUUUGAAACACUUGCUGCACUUGUAUUUGGAAAGUGGCUGUGGUCUACAAAUUUUGUAAGUGUAUGCUGUCCAUGUGAAAGUCCGCCUGUUGCUUAGCUGCUGCAAUUAAGCGAUUUUCUGCUUUGGCAGCACCAAUAAUAAUUAGCUUUUAAAGUUUUAUAUUUCACCAUUUAGUAACCUUAUAUAGUUAACUUAUCACAGCUCUUUUGCAAGAGAACAUUUCGGUCUCUUCUAUUGUGUGGUAAGGAAUACAGUAAGAAGGAGUGACACUUGGCUUUGUCUGUACCAAAUCUGUAUUAGUCAAGAUUCUCCAGAGAGACAGAACUAAUAGGAUAUGCAUAUAAACAUGAGAGGGGAUUUAUUAGGGGAAUUGGCUCAUGUGAUUAUGGGGCUGAGAAGUCCUACAACAGGCUGUCUGCUAGCUAGAGACCCUGGGAUGCCGGUGUAGUCGUUCAAUCCAAAUCCAAAGGCCUCAGAACCAGGGAAGCCAAUGAUGUGACUCUCCGUCUGAGGCUGAAAGGCCAGGACCUUGGAACUGCUGGCCUAAGUCCCAGAGUCCAAAGGCUGGAGGCCUCCAGUUCUGAUGUCCAAGGCAGCAAAAGAGAAGUCUGUGCUAGCUCUCAGAGAGAACAAUUCACCUUCUGUAUUUAUUCUCUCUGGGGCCCCAGCUGAUUGGAUGGUGCCGCCAACAUUCAGGCAAGAUCUUCAUGUAAUCCACUGAGACUCACACACUAAUCUCUCCUGGAAACACCCUUACAGACAUUCCCCCAAAAGGUGCUUUACUAGGUUUCUAAAUCUUAAUCCAGUCAAACUGACACCUGAAUUUAAAUCCACCCCAUGUCAGUCUAUCACUCAUAUGCAUCUCCUUAAACCAUAUUUAAUUUCCGAAUAAAGACAAUAACAAGGUAAUAGUUCCACCUAACAUGACGUAGCUAUUCUAUGAUUGUGAUUUUUGGGAUUUUAGACUUUAGGGAUUUUGAUCUUUUGUGAUUUCAACAUUUGGGACUAUGGCAUUCGGGAUUUUGUCUUUCAGGAUUAUGAUCCAAACCCCUUCCAUUUAUAUGUCCUUGGCCAUGCCUGUGUCAUAGGGCCACCCUUGCUCCAGGGGAAGCUGGGAAAAUAUAUUCAUGAGCACAUUGCUGCCUCAACAAAUUGGGACUCUCUGUGAGGACUACGGGAAUGAACACUGGGUAGGCAAAAUAGCAGUCUCUGCCACACCAAUUAAAUGUUACUAGUGAUGUUAAGUUUAAAACAGGCUGGGGUGCAGUAGCUCAUGCCUGUAAACCCUGAGCUUUGGGCGGCUGAGACAGGAAGGAGAAUUACUUGAGCCCAGUUUAAGAACAGCUUGAGCAACAUAGGGAGACUCCUGUCUCUAUAAAUAAAUAAAUAAAUAAA